GUGGAUCAUGGGGGCGGGGAGGAACUAAGCGAAGCCAUCUCUGGGCGGUCCACCCACAGUCCACCGCUAGGUCCCUUCGCGUGGGGGCGAUCGGGACCCUCGGGCUGCGCGGAGGGUCGGGCCGCCGGGGGAGGGUGUGGUGUGCGUCUCCUCAGCGGCGGUGGUUCCGGGGUCCGCCGAGCGGGGGCCUCCCCUCCGCGGCUGCCCCUCAGGGGGGGGCUCGGCCGCCGCCCGGCUUCGCCCCUCAGGCCCCAGAGGCCCACCCCGGCCCGCGCGCGGCGAGGGCCCCGGCCGGCAAAGAGCCCCGGGCCUGGGCGGCGCGCCUGCCCUUGUUUGGCCACGCGGCGGCGGGCCCUGGGCUCCUCCCGGCCGCCCCCCGCGGCGUCAGAGGGAGGCGGAAGCCGGGUGACUGCGACGCUGCGGCCGCCGCUCUCCACUCGCCGCCGCCGGAGAGGCCGGUGACCUCUUGGCUGCCCGCCGCGGAGCUCAGAUGGCUCAGGCGAAGAUCAACGCGAAAGCCAACGAGGGCCGCUUCUGCCGCUCCUCCUCCAUGGCCGACCGCUCCAGCCGCCUGCUGGAGAGCCUGGACCAGCUGGAGCUCAGGGUGGAAGCUUUAAGAGAAGCAGCAACUGCCAUUGAACAAGAGAGAGAAAUCCUCCUGGAAAUGAUCCACAGUAUCCAGAACAGCCAGGACAUGAGGCAGAUCAGCGAUGGAGAAAGAGAAGAAUUAAAUCUGACCGCAAACCGUCUGAUGGGACGAACCCUCACUGUUGAAGUUUCAGUGGAAACCAUUAGAAACCCCCAGCAGCAGGAAUCCCUAAAGCACGCCACCAGGAUUAUCGAUGAGGUGGUCAGUAAGUUUCUGAAUGAUUUGGGAAAUGCCAAGAGUCACUUGAUGUCGCUGUACAGUGCGUGUUCGUCUGAGGUGCCGCCUGGGCCAGUUGAUCAGAAGUUUCAAUCCAUAGUCAUUGGCUGUGCACUUGAAGAUCAGAAGAAAAUUAAGAGACGCUUGGAGACUCUGCUUAGAAACAUUGAAAGCUCCGACAAGGCCAUCAAGCUGCUAGAGCAUUCUAAAGGAGCGGGCUCCCUCGCUCUGCAACAGAAUGCUGACAGCAGAUUUAAUUAGUUUCCAAACCUGAGAGCAAUGAUGUGAAAAUAACAUGCUAUCUUAAGUGAUAACUAGUUCUUUAUGUUAGGCAUAACCACUCAUUUGAUGAAGAUGAUGAAAAUAUUCCAGUGUCAUCAGUUUUAUGAAUAACAAUUAAAAAGUAGAAAUAUUUUAAUUAUCUUCCUGUAA